GUCUCGGCUUCUUGUUUCCUGUGAAGAGGUCUGCAACUGGAGUGGAAGAUGGGAAAGAGCAGAGUACUGAUAAUCGGAGCAACCGGAAAUCUAGGGCACCAACUCGCCAAAGCCAGCCUCCAAUCUUCACAUCCAACCUUCGCUCUCGUCAGAGACUCUGCUUUCUCUCAUCCUCACAAGCGCCAAAUCCUCCAAACCCUCUCCGACGCCGGAGCCACUCUUCUUGAGGGUUCGAUUGAAGAUGAAUCGAGCCUCGUUGAAGCGAUGAAGCAAGUGGAUGUAGUGAUUUGCGCUGUUUCCUCCAAGCAGGUUCUGGAUCAGAAGCCUGUUAUUAAAGCUAUCAAACGAGCUGGUUGCAUCAAGAAGUUCAUUCCCUCAGAAUUUGGACUCGAUCCAGAAAAAACUCAAAUGUCUGAUUUGGACCAUGGGUUUUAUUCAAGGAAAGCUGAAAUUCGGCAUCUUAUAGAAGCUGAAGGCAUACCCUAUACCUGCAUCUCAUGCAAUUUCUUCAUGAACUAUUUACUUCCAUCACUAGUUCAAUUGGGUGCAAAGACCCCUCCCAUGGAUAAGGUCACCAUUUUUGGGAAUGGAAAUGUUAAAGGUGUCUUUGUGAAGCAAAGUGACAUUGCUGCCUUCACCAUUAGUGCAGUGGAUGAUCCGCGAACUCUGAAUAAGGUGGUGUAUCUGAGGCCACCAGGAAAUGUUUACUCCAUGAACGAGCUGGUUGAGCUUUGGGAAAGUAAGAUUGGAAAAAAGCUUGAGAAGGUUUAUGUAACAGAAGAGGAGCUUCUUAAGAAAAUUAAAGAGACUCCAUUUCCAGACAACAUGGAUAUGGUAUUUAUAUAUUCGGCUUUCGUGAAGGGAGACCAGACAUAUUUUGAUAUUGAGGCAUCCGGUGGAGUUGAUGGGACACAACUGUAUCCACACCAGAAAUAUACUACAAUCAGCGAAUAUUUAGACACCCUCCUGGAAGAAAAGUAACCUCUGUUCUUCAUAAACAUAACCUCUGUUCUUCAUAAACUAGUCCUUAAUUAUUUCCUCACUUCUUUAUGGAUCGACAAGAAACUUCUAAAUUCAAAUUAAACACUGUAAACUUGAACAACUUCUUGAGUUGCAUGUAUCUGUUGGUAGAGCUGAAGGACAGAUGGAUUGCAAAUGGAUUUUGUUUAGGGCAGUUAUUAUUUUUGAAGUUGUGGAGAGAUUCAGAAAUGGUGAUAGAUGCCUUCAAUGAGCAGAAAGUUACCCUCUGCAACUGCAAUUAAUUUUAUAAAUGGCAUGGAAAUGAAUAUGGAAUAUGCAUAUUUCUGAUAAUGCUCAUCUCUCCAUGUCUCUUUUGGCCUUC